AUGAAGGAAAAUAGCAUUGGACAUUGUAAAACAGCACGAGAGAUGGAACCACAAGCUGGAGACAUCGAACACAGUCCUCUCUGGUCAGGUUCGGAUGGCUCCCAGGAACUUUGCCCUUCUGGGUCCUAUAAUGAAGAAGACGACAGUGAAUCAGAAUACCCCUCAGACACACAAAAUGCUCAGAUCUCCUUGUCUGGGUCUUCAGAGUGCCUUCAGAUGCAAAACAGAAAACCUGCAGAUGGUGAAGGACCUUUCCUGGAUCAUGGUGAACAGGAAGUGUCAGUAUCAUACCAAGUAAACAAUGAUUUCUACCUUUCUGAAUCAAGAGAAUCCAUGACAGAAUCUCCUAACAUCCAAACUUCCCAAAUCGCAGCAACCCCACCCCCAGAGCUCCCAGAAUCCAAGUCAUGGGAGCAUUCUCCCUCUUCCUCCUCCUCUCUUGGCUGUGCUGCUGAUAUGACCAAGGCCCUGACCCUGAGCUCAAAACGGCCCCAGGGGGCAAGUGAUAGGCAUGGCCCAGGGACUGAGAACAGGAGGGUUGAAUCUUCAGAGGAAGGAGGGAGUAGUGAAGCACCUCCUGCUUCUGUCUUCUUUGGAAUUUCUGACGAGGGUGCUGAGCAGGCAGAGAAGAGGAACUUGGGGUCUGACAGAGAUCUCUGCAGACCGAACAAGCAAAGGGCAAGGUACACACGACUAAGUCACAAAGAGAGCCAAUCAGAGAAACACGUGAAGGACACCAAGUCUAAAUGUAAGCGAAUUGCCCAACUGCUGGCCAAUGCACCCAACCCUCAAAACAAGGGAGCUUUGCUCUUUAAAAAGCGCCGCCAGAGGGUCAAGAAGUACACUCUUGUGAGUUACGGAACUGGUUUUCCCUCCUUCGACAACUCAUGUCAAACAGAGGGCAAAACUGACCAAGACAGAUCCGUUGGUUAUACCUUCUUGGGUUCGAGUGAUUCUGACUUUGAGGAGCAGUAUUUGCAGCUUUAUCAGCACCAUAAUACACGUUUUAAUUGGCUAAGUGGCCAAGACAUGGAUGUGCUACCAGAGACAAAGGGGAAGGGACUUUUGAUGUUUGCACAGCGUCGCAAACGAAUGGAUGAACUUGUGUCGGAGCAAGAAGAGGAGAUGAAUGAAAGAUUUGUCGGGGAUAUUUUACAAGAAACAGAUCAAACAAGAGCACAGAGUAUUAAUGAAAGUAAAGAAAUGUACAUGCAUGCUGAGGAGACCAAUAUGAGGAAUGCAAGUCAGAAGAAGCAUAUGGAUUAUCAUGGGGAUAUUCAAGAAGUGAACCACCUCUCCAGUGCACUGAAACCCAUGGUGUCUAACAGAACUGCCAAACCUUUUCUAGGAUUUCAGGAUAACUCAACUCUUGAACCUUUCACCAUGUCUGGUGGUUUCAGUCCAUCAAUGAAGAAGCAUGAACUAACUUUCAAAGUUCCUGCACCAAUUAACUCUAACCCCAAGGUUUGGUCUCCAACUGGAGACAUUAUAGCCUCAAGAGAUGAACGAAUAUCUGUGCCUGCUAUUAAGACAGGCAUAUUACCAGAGUCAAAGCGGAAAACUGCAAGUAAGCACCAAUCUGCAAAAGAAUCAGAACUUUAUAGCCAAAGCAAAGGUGAAAGGAAGUCUUAUAUUGAGUCGGAGGAGGACUGUUUCAGUUUGGGUGCUGAGGCUUGUAACUUUAUGCAAUCCAAACCAAUAAAACUCAAAAAUCCCCCUCCAGUUGCCCCCAAACCCACCAUCAACCCAGCAUGCCCACCCUGGAUAAGGAAGAGUCCUUCCAACGAUCCCUAUAUUCCUUCAAGAAGCACUGUGCCCCAACCCUCUCACAGCCCCGUCGGACUUCGUGGUCAGCAUUACUUACAGCAGCAAGACUGGGCUGGGCCUCAACAGAUGGCUCAACACUGGGCACCAGAUCAGACAGAGGCAUCACUUCAAACACCUGCCCAUGCCCGAGUUCCGGUCAACUCCUCUUCUCAGUUCAAUCUUCAGCCAACUGCAAAUAGCUGGAGUCAACAGCCGGCACGACCCCCUGUGAGUAAGCAGGCCCACAGUCCUAUUUAUAGCCCACUUUCACACUCAAAGAAUAAGUCAGACAGUAAUCCAAACUUAGUUGUCUCUUGCCCACCGCAGGCAAAAAAGUCAUACCCUCAAUUAUCAAAAUCAUUAGAGGUUUAUCCAAAACUCAGAAUCCCAGAAAGAGGUGUUGUUCAGACCGACGAUAGCCCAACUAUGGCAGGGAAAGGUGCACAGUUGUUUGCCAAAAGACAGUCUCGUAUGGAGAAGUUUGUCAUUGAUGAUGAAACGGUGCAAGCAAACAAAACGCGAUCCCCUUCCCCGACCUCAUCACUCCCUAACUCUUGGAGAUAUUCAUCCAACAUCCGUGCCCCACCCCCACUGUCGUAUAAUCCUCUUCUGUCUCCUUUCCACCCUCCAUCAGCAGCCAAGCAGGCCCCUUCCACUAGCCCAAUAACUAAACCUAAGUCCCAAGAGAAAGCUAAAUCCACCCCCAAGCAACUAAACGCCCUAGAUAUCAUGAAACAUCAGCCCUACCAAUUGGACUCAUCCUUGUUCACAUAUGAUGCUGCCUCUGAGGCCAAAAGCCCCAGUCCUAAACCCACUCCUGUCUCUAAGUUUGAAGUUACUAAAAGCCUUAAACAAAGAGCAGACUCUUCCUAUUCUCCUUAUAAUCCCUCUGAACCUGCCGGUCAAAGCAAGGCAGAGGCCCCUGCUAAGGCUCCUAAAUUGGUAAGUACACCAAAUUCCUACACUCAAAGCAUACAAACAGCUGAGCCACUUUCAACAAGCAAGCAUUUGGGUGAGAGGCUUGCUGUCACAAGUGCUGCCCCUCGCACAAGCAGCAAGCAAACACACAGCUUCCGACCUGCAAGCGCAUCUUCUCAGAGCUCAUCUUUUAGCGACAGCAUUGCUUCAGCUUUCUCUCCUGCAUCUCUUAUUGCCAGAGGAGUGCGUCAGAUGGCUCCGAGGCCAAAAUUCUCUGCUAAGAAGCCAACAGUGACAGGAAAACAGUGGAAGCCUGUUGCUAUGCUUUCCUCAGUAUAGCACUGUACAUGGUCAUGCUUUGGUGUAACUUGAGACGACUGUCACAUUAGUGCAUG